AUGUUCAAACAACUGUCACAAUUGGAAUUCGUCAAGAAAGAAUCCAAAAAGAGAAAAAAUGCAUCUUCCAAUUCAUCAACAACCGCUGCUACUGCUUCAUCAUCCUCUGCUAAUGCUAAAACUUCCAAAGAUCAACCAGUGUCAGCUACAAUUGCAUCUAAUGGACAAUCUUCAAUUGCAUCCAAAAAGAAAGGUAAAGGUAAGGGUAGAAAACCAUCUAUUUCUCAACCAGAACCACCAGCAGAAGACAAACGUCGCACCAAAAAGAGAAAAAACUCUGAAUCUAAUGCUUCAAUUGAUGAAAACAAACCAAUAUCAUUGAAAUUAAAAUUUUCAAAACCUCCAAAUGGGUUAGUUGCAAUUGCUCCUGCUCCAUCAGAUGAACCAAUAGAGGAAAAAAUCGGUGGUAAAAGGAAAAGAGUUGCAAAGACCAAUGCUGAAAAACAAAUUGAAGCAACUUCAAUUGCGAAUGAUGAUAAAUUGAAAAAAGAUGUUGUAAAGAAACAACCACCAUUAACUCCUGUACACUCUGACAAACCAAAAAUGAAUGUUAAAGAAAUGAGAGCUAUCAAGAGACAAUAUGAUAAUACUUAUUUCACCAUUUGGAAAGAUUUAUCAAGAAAAGAUGCUCCAAAAGUUCAUAGAUUGAUUCAACAAGCUACACAAACUAAGUUGAUUAAUUUGAGAAAAACUUCAAUCUUAUGUGCAAGAGAAGCUAAAAAAUGGCAGGUUCGUACAAAUAAAUCCCAAAAGGAUUUACAGGCAAAAGCUAGAAGAGGUAUGAGAGAAAUGUUCAACUUCUGGAAGCGUAAUGAAAGAGAAGAACGUGAAUUGAGAAAGAAGGCCGAGAAAGAAGCCUUGGAUAAAGCCAAGAAGGAGGAAGAAGAAAGAGAAAGUAGAAGACAAGCAAGAAAAUUGAAUUUCUUGAUUACACAGACUGAAUUGUAUUCACAUUUCAUUGGAAGAAAGAUCAAAACUGAUGAAAUUGAAGGAACAAUGGCUGCUGGUAAUAACCAAUCAAAUCCUCAUCAUGAUGUGGAAGUUCCAACUGAUGCUAAAAGAACAGAAAUCAGCGCAUUAGAUUUUGAUUCUGAUAAUGAAGAAGAAAUCAAGAAAGCUGCUGCUGCUAACGCUCAAUCCGCUUUAAUGGAUGCAAAAGAAAGAGCUGAACAAUUCAAUGGUAAUAAAAAUGAUUUGAAAGAAGUCAACAUUGAUGAUGAUGAUUUGAACUUCCAAAAUCCAACUUCAUUAGGUGAUAUUACAAUUGAACAACCUAAAUUAUUAAGUUGUACAUUAAAGGAAUAUCAAGUUAAAGGUUUGAAUUGGUUGGCUAAUUUAUAUGAUCAAGGUAUCAAUGGUAUUUUAGCUGAUGAAAUGGGGCUAGGUAAAACUGUUCAAUCAAUUUCAGUAUUGGCUUAUCUUGCAGAAACUCAUAAUAUCUGGGGUCCUUUCCUUGUUGUUUCACCUGCUUCCACUUUACAUAAUUGGCAACAAGAAAUUGCAAAGUUUGUUCCAGAUUUCAAAGUUUUGCCAUAUUGGGGGAAUGCUAAAGACCGUAAAAUCUUGAGAAAGUUUUGGGAUAGAAAACAAGUUACAUAUACAAAAGAUUCACCUUUCCAUGUUUUGGUUACUUCUUAUCAAUUAGUUGUUGCUGAUAUCCAAUAUUUCCAAAGAAUAAAAUGGCAAUAUAUGAUUUUGGAUGAAGCUCAAGCCAUUAAAUCAUCUCAAUCUUCAAGAUGGAAAUCGUUAUUAGGUUUACAAUGCCGUAAUAGAUUAUUAUUGACUGGUACUCCAAUUCAAAAUUCAAUGCAAGAAUUGUGGGCUCUAUUACAUUUUAUUAUGCCUUCGCUUUUUGAUAAUCAUGAAGAAUUUAGUGAAUGGUUCUCCAAAGAUAUUGAAAGUCAUGCUCAAUCAAACACUCAAUUGAACGAACAACAAUUGCGUCGUUUACAUGUUAUUUUGAAACCUUUUAUGUUGCGUCGUAUCAAGAAAAACGUUCAAUCUGAAUUGGGUGAUAAAAUUGAAAUUGAUGUUUAUUGUAAUUUGACAAAUAGACAACAAAAACUAUACAAAAUGUUGAGAUCUCAAAUCUCUUUGAUGGAUUUAAUUGAAAAGGCAACUUCAGGGUCUGAUGAUUCAAAUCAAUCAUUGAUUAAUUUGGUUAUGCAAUUUAGAAAAGUCUGUAACCAUCCUGAUUUGUUUGAAAGAGAUGAUGUUAAAAGUGCAUUUUCAUUCUCCAAAUUUGCUGAAACUGGUUCAUUUUUGAGAGAAUCAAAUCAAUUGGAAGUAGCAUAUUCCACAAAGAACCAACUUGAAUAUAAUUUGGCUAAGUUGAUUUAUCAAGAUUUGUUAUUACCAAAUGAAAAUAACCAAGUUGAUGUUCGUGAUCAUGUUUUGAAUCAUUUGAUGAAUAUUUGGAACUCUGAUUAUAUUAAUGAAAAUGGCAAAGAAGAUGCUGCAUUUAGUUGGUUGAAAUUUGUUGAUCUAACCCCAUCAAAAGCUUCAAAAGUGGCUAGAAAAAAUAUCAUCGAAUCAGCUAUUGAUAUGAAAAAAUAUGUUGAUGAAGAUGAUAUCAAUCAAUCCAUACAGGAUAAAAAAUUCUUAUUAGUCAAUGAUGUUUCCAAAUUGGAUUGUUCAGAAUUACGUGAAGUUCAACAAACCGUUUAUGAUGACAUGUAUUUGAAUGUUCAAGAUGUUGCUGUUCACCCUGCUGCAUCUGCUCCACCAAUUGAGCUAGUCUGUAAUGAUAGAUCGUUUGUUCAUAACAAGGACCAAGAAUUGUUUAAUCCAAAGAUUAGAAAAGCUCUAUCUCCAUUGUCAUUAGAUGAACAAUUACACCUGAUGCAAAAUAAAGUUCCAUUAUCACAAUUUCCAAAAGCUGAAAUGUUACCACCUGUAUUAAAUAAUAAAUCAGGUUUUUCAUCUAUUAAAAUGCCAUCAAUGAAUAGAUUUAUUACUGAUUCUGCUAAAUUGGCUAAAUUAGAUGAAUUGUUGGUUGAUUUGAAAAAGAAUGAUCAUAGGGUAUUGAUUUAUUUCCAAAUGACCAAAAUGAUGGACUUAAUGGAAGAAUAUUUGACUUAUAGACAGUACAAAUAUAUCAGAUUGGAUGGGUCUUCGAAAUUGGAUGACCGUCGUGAUUUAGUUAAUGAUUGGCAAACAAGACCUGAGAUCUUUGUGUUUUUAUUAUCAACAAGAGCUGGUGGAUUAGGUAUUAACUUAACAGCUGCCGAUACUGUUGUCUUUUAUGAUUCUGAUUGGAAUCCAACAAUUGAUUCACAAGCUAUGGAUAGAGCUCAUAGAUUAGGUCAGACUCGUCAAGUUACUGUUUAUAGAUUAUUGGUUCGUGGUACCAUUGAAGAAAGAAUGAGAGAUCGUGCUAAGCAAAAGGAACAUGUUCAACAAGUUGUCAUGGAAGGUAAAGCUACUGAACAACAACCUGUUGGAUUUCAAAAACCUUCAAGAGAAGUUGCAUUCUGGUUAUUGGAUGAUGAUGAAGCUGCUGAUGCCGUUCUAAAAGGUAAACAAUUAGAAGAGGAAAAGAAGGCUAAAAAGAAACAGUCAAGAAUUCAAGAAUUGAAUAAUAAGAAAUCCAAAAAGAUAAAUUUGGAAGAUAUGUAUCAUGAGGGUGAGGGUAAUUUUGAUGAUGGUACAAACACGAAUAACACACCAUCAAGAGUUCCAACCCCAAUAGCUAGAUGA